AGCUUGGAUAAGUGCGUGACUGCGUAGCGCGAGAGACAGUCAAGAGACUGUCAGGAUCAAGAGACCGUCGUGAUUGCGCGCGCUCUGUGGAUAAUUCCAAAUCCCGUCUUGCUUGAACUGUGCACCUGCUCUGGAACAUCCUAAACCCUAACCUGCUGAAUAAAACAUGGAACACACUUUUAUCCCCCGCUCCUUGUGGACUAAUGACAGCAAAUUUCUCCAUCACCACGUUGCGGAUUUUUUCACCAGUGUACAAGUUACGCAGGAUAUACCAGCUGGGGCAUCUUUCGGACCUUGCGUUCUUCAUAAUACCUUUUAUGAUACUAUAGCCUUCAUUGCAUUGAAAUCAUUUGACAAACGGAAUAAAUCCUAUGUAUUUCGGGUAGACCCUGAGGCGAUGAAAGGCUCCCCAUUAGUUGUUCCUUGGCUACGAUUAGUGCAGGCUGCAAUGAGUGCAGAAGACCAGAAUACUGAGGCCUACUUGAAGGGUGGACAGCUGCAUUUUCGGACUAUUCGAGAUGUGAAAGAAGGCGAGGAACUGCUUGUUUGGUACGACGAGGAGUUGUCUCAUCUUUUGGGAUUCGGAGACAUAAAAACAAAGACCUUGACAAAUGGCUUCACGUGUACGAGAUGCGGCCAGGCCUUCAAGAACGAAAAUCCAUUCCUUGCCCAUUGUCGUUUUUUAUGUGCACAGGAAAAAGUCGAUAUCAUCCGGCCUAACCAAGAACAGAAACAAGCUGAAGUCAAGCGACAGCGCAAAGUCACAGAUUUUCACAACAUUGCAAGAGAUCUGGAGCACAAAAUAAGCGGUUGUUCUGAAGACACGACUAUGCCUCGAAAAAGGAAACAUGAGGCUUCCUUAAGUCCCCGGAGCAAAAAAACUGUUUUGCUGGAGAAAACCAACAUCACUAAUCACAUAAACAUCACCAACAAAGGGUAUCCACUUUAUCAGGAUAUGUCAGAAUCUGCCAUUAAGCUCUCUUUAGACAAUGGCUCAACAAAUGAGUCGAAGAUGAGUAAAAACAGCGCGUUUACCUUGGUUAGAAAAGCACAAGAACAGUCAAAGACCGAACGGCCAUCAUGUGAUAAAAUGACACAAAAUCUAACUAACACAGAGUCCGACGCCGGCCUACAGUCCGACUGCAGCGCGUUCUCGUACGUGUUCCCCAAGAGCGCGCACUCGGAACAGAAGAGCGCGUUCUGCGAACCCAACAAACGCACCAUUACCGAAAUUCAGAAUCAUUCACCUCUUGAACUACGCGGUCCUCCAGAUUCGGAUACUAUCUCAGACACUUUCAAAUCAAAGCCUGUUCUAGGAUACAGAAAUGUAUUGGCCUCGCAUCUGUUUCACGGUGACUUGCCGGGCACCCAUGCAGGUGGAGUGAUGUCCACUCCACUGGCUACAGGAGGCUCCUUCUAUUACGCGCCUGAGCACUGGACCAGAGCUAUAGGUGGCCAGCUGCAAUCUACUUCUUUGGCAGUCCUCCCCCCUACUUUCACUCCAUUGGGUGUUUCAGUUCAGAACUGGUGCGCCAAAUGCAACCUUUCAUUUCGAAUGACCUCCGACUUGGUGUUUCACAUGCGGUCACAUCACAAAAAAGAGUUCGCUGCAGAGGCUCAAGUGAGGCGGAGGAGAGAGGAGAAACUUACCUGCCCCAUUUGCCAUGAGUACUUCCGGGAGCGUCACCACCUCUCACGUCACAUGACCUCUCAUAAUUAGGACGGAAAACUCUAUCGCACUUUACUUGAGAAAACAGUUCGCGGGAUUCCAUGAGGUUGUUUGUCCGUUACAAAAAGCAUUUGAAGAGUCUUAGAAGAGGUUGUUUCAAAGAACAACAGGCCUACAUUCCAAACCGGGUCAUGUUGAAAACUUUUUAACUUUGUUAAAGUGUCAUUGUCAUUUUAAUCCAUCAUGUAGCUAACAUGUAUCUUUGAAAUGUGGGCAUUGUUAGUGCGCAUCGGAGUAGGCCUACACCGCCACUAGAUGGCUAUAGAGAUUCAUUAUUUUCUCUCUUUUUAGUUGUGACUAAUACUAGGUUAAUUGCAUGGUUGUUUUAAACUUAACGGUGCCUUAUACAGGUCAGGAUGAGUGUAAAUGCAUAGAGAAAUGUUAAUAUUAUAUAUAAAAAAGACUCAUAAGUGUAGCCAGCUGCUGACUAAACCAUUACUUAUUGCUUGAAAUAUCCAUCAGUACUUUUCCUCUCAGAAUGCCAAAUCUUUGUUGCAAUUUUCUUUUCAGAUGUCUACUUUUUAACACUUAAUUCAGCACAACGACCAGGAGGAUGUAUUUAUUUAAUUCAAAAAUGACAUACAGUCAUUGUAUUUCAUUAAAGAUUUUGAACGUAUUCCAUAGGUGUUGUCUCUGAUUUUAGUCAUCCACAAUUAUCAUCAAGUGUUAUUGUCUAUGUGCACUACACAGUGACAUUAAGAGAUUUAUCAAGGUAAUGUCAGUUUGUCUAAAAACACUUAUUUGUUUUCUUUGGCAAUGCCAAUAUUAGUCAUUAUUAGCCUAUAUUGUUUUAUAUUUGUGAAAAGGGAACUAUUGCACAGCAAGAAACCCUCUAUUAUUGAAAUCCUUAUAAAUAUAUAUUUUUGAAGGUGUACCAUAAUGGUUAGUGGUUUUAAGAAGGCAAAAUAAACAUUCCUUUUUUUGACAUAAACAACCCAGAUGACAAAAUUAUUUUGCAAUUCUUAACAGACAUUAUCACAAUAGUAUGACGGAGUUGACAUGUUGAAACUGUGACCGCAGAGACUUCAACAAUGUUUGUUUAAAAUGUAAAAAAUAGGAAACUUACCAGACCACGUGUCCUACUGUUGCAUCCACCAUGAAAGUGGUAAAGGAGUCCUCAGAGUUAUAGCUGACAAAGACAUUGUCUGGUUUAUUAAGGAAAAAAUAAAAAAUCUGAUGAAGUUGAUGCAAAGUGAGGACAACUUUGAUAGGCAUAUUUUUUUAAUGUAAAAUAUAAUUUGAAGUUUUCUUUAUGUAUUGUUUGAUAUCGUACAGAUCCCUACCUUUCAUAUGGUAUUUAUAUUUAUGACAUAUUUAUUUUAAACACU